AUGGACAUGGACGUGGACGUGGACGUGGACGUGGACAUGGAGGUGGACGUGGACGUGGACGUGGACAUGGACGUGGACAUGGACGUGGACGUGGACGUGGACAUGGACGUGGAUAUGGACGUGGACGUGGACGACGUGGACGUGGACGUGGACGUGGACGUGGAGAACUUGGACGUAGACUUGGACGUGAACGUGGACGUGGACGUGGACGUGGAGGACUUGGACGUGGACAUGGACGUGGACGUGGACGUGGACAUGGACGUGGACGUGGACGUGGACGUGGACGUGGACGUGGACGUGGACGUGGACAUGGACGUGGACGUGGACAUGGACGUGGACGUGGACGUGGACGUGGACGUGGACGUGGACGUGGACAUGGGCGUGGACAUGGACGUGGACGUGGACGUGGACGUGGACGACGUGGACGUGGACGUGGACGUGGACGUGGAGAACUUGGACGUGGACAAGGACGUGAACGUGGACGUGGACGUGAACGUGGAGGACUUGGACGUGGACAUGGACGUGGACGUGGACGUGGACAUGGACGUGGACGUGGACGUGGACGUGGACGUGGACGUGGACAUGGACGUGGACAUGGACGUGGACGUGGACAUGGACGUGGACGCGGACAUGGUCGUGGACGUGGACGUGGACGUGGACGUGGACAUGGACGUGGACGUGGACAAGACGUGGACGUGA